CCCAGACUUUCCGCGAUGGCCCGCCCACCUGGAAGCCCCUCUCGCACAGGAAGCCCUGACCAUGGGGAUAAAAGAGACCCGCGGGCAGCCUGGGCUCAUCCUCCUCUGGCUCUGCUCGCUCCUCACCAGCAUGAGGCCUCUGCUGCUCGUCCUCCUGGGGCUCUGCUGCCUGGCGCUGCGCGCUGUGGAAGGUGUGGGGAGUGAGGUCGUGGAUCAGCGGAUCUGUGUGAGCCUGACUACCCGGCAGCUGCCCAUGAGCAGAAUCAAGACCUACACCAUCAAGGAGGGGCCCAUGAAGGCAGUCAUAUUCAUCACCAAACGUGGCCUUAAAGUCUGUGCCGACCCACAUGCCAACUGGGUGAAGAAGGCGGUGCAGACUGUGGACAAGUCCAAGAGGAUGAACGUGAACCAGACCAAGCCCACGGGGGCCCAGCUGCCCACUGGGACGGCUCUGACCCGGGCGAGGUAGUGGCCUCGUUCCAUUGAGCCAGAGGCUGGUGUCUCCUUGCAAGCCCUCUCCUAAGGACUGAUUAAAUUAUAGCACCUUUUCUGAAGUUGUUGUCUUGUAUAUUUACUCUUUGUGUUUUCCUAUUCCUUCAGCUGCUUUAAUGAAUAAAUAUUUAUUACGGG